AUGAGCAGGGUUACUGUGCAGGGGAGUAGUUCACUUGUGUUGGCAAAGGUUCUUGAUGUGGAAACAGGAAUCGCUAGAGAAGAAUCCCAAUUAGUUUCCUCGACCGUUGACCCGCAGUACAAAAAUAACCACAAUGGUUACUCACAGGAUAAUAGGGUAAAUCUCAUUGACGUCAUAGGCCUAGGGUACAUGACGUCAGAGAGAGAAGGAAUGGACUCACAAUAUGGCUUUCGGCCUAAACGAUCAUGUGCGACCCAACUAAUGGAAACCCAUCAUGACACUGCCCGACUACUAGACAGACGUGACACGAAACAAGUUGAUGCCAUGCUACUCGAAUUUACCAAAGCCAUCGACAAAAUCCCCUACAGAAGACUAACACUUAAAUUACGGUAUUACGGGAUCACAGGACCAAUUCUUCACUGGAUCACUGCAUUUUUGACAUGUAGGACACAGCAGGUGUCCCUCGGGAAUCUGAUCCUGAUCAGGAAAAGGAAAACCAAUACUGCUGAGUAA